AUGUCUGGAGGCCGUUUUACAUGGUGCAAUAAUAGGGAAGUUCCUACGUUUGAGAGGUUGGAUCGAUUUUUGGUUGAUCAGAGAUUAGUAAUAUUGUUUCCGAGGAUAAGCCAAUCAUUGCAACCAAGGUCAGUUUCCGAUCAUAAUAUUAUUCUGCUGGAGAACAAAGAAUGCAAUUGGGGGUUGAAAUCGUUUAGGUUGUUUAACUAUGUUAUGGAGGAGGAUGGUUUUACUGAGAUGAUGGAAAAGGAGUUGGAUAAAUUUUGUAGAGAGGAAAAGGGGAAGCCCAUGUCUAGGGUGCUAAAGCGGGUGAAGGAUGUGGUAAAGAGAUGGUCUGGGAGGGGUUAUUUAGAGCUGCCUGGGAAAAUUAAACUGCUGGAGAAAGGAAUUCAUGACAUGGAGUUGGAUAUGCAACAAGGUCUUCCCUCGGUGACAAUGAAAUCAAUAAUUGAAGCAAAGAAAGAAUUAUGGGAGCUUCAUAAGAAAGAAGAAUCGAUUUGGUUGCAAAAAUCGAGAUUGAAAUGGAGAAUUAAUUCAUUGGAGGCAGAGGAAUUAAAUCUGGAUUUUCUCAAGCUAUCAGAAGGUCAGAGUUUGGCUCUUGAGAAGCCAUUUUUGGAAGAGGAGGGGAAUGAGUGGGACUUGGAGGUGAAUCAUUCUUUCAUUUCCCUUAUUCCUAAGAAGGAUAACACGGAGGGGAUGGGAGAUUUUAGGCCAAUUAGCCUUGUGGGAGGGCUAUAUAAAAUUUUAUCAAAGGUCUUAGCUAGAAGGUUCAGUUUGUGCAUUAAUGAAAUAGAAGAAAGUGUUGAAGGGGUGGUUUUCAAGGUGGAUUUUAAGAGAGCAUAUGACUCAGUUGAUUGGUCGGUGUUGUUGAAAAUAAUGGGUAAAAUGGGGUUCGGAGAAAAAUGGCAUUCUUGGAUGUAUCAUUGUAUACCAACAGCUUCUAUUUCGGUUCUUGUGAAUGGGACUCCUACGGAGAUAAUUCAUAUGGAAAGAGUGGAUAUGGGGCUGUUUUCGGGUUUUGAGUUGGGAGUUCAAGAUCGUUCCUUCAAGCCAUCGCAUUUACAAUUUGCGGAUGACCUUAUUAUUGUUUCAAAAGCUUCAAUUCGAGAUUUGAAGAAUGUCACAAGGGUGCUUUUGAUAUAUGAGUUAUUGGUGGGAUUGAAGAUUAAUCUAGUCAAGAGCAGAAUUUUUGGCAUCAAUGUUGAGGAGGAUGUGCUAGCCGAUUGGUCUAAGGAAAUUGGUUAUGGUGUUGUAGAAAUUAAACUCGAUCAUGGCUGUUUUUUUAUAGGGGGUUCGACUGAUAAAAGAAACAUAUAUUGGGUGAACUGGGAAUUGGUCAGUAAGCCGAGAAGGUUAGAGGGUCUAGGGAUCCUGAACUUAGCUAUUUUGAACAGAGCAUUGUUGGGUAAAUGGGUAUGGAAGUUUGCCUCUGUAAAGGAUUCUUGGUGGAAGAGGGUGGUUUGUUGUGUGAACAACUUGGACCCGAGUUGCAAAAUGUUGGAGAAUACUUGGACGGCUCGUGCCUCUUGGAUUUGGAGAGGUGUAAUUAAUAACUUCUUUUCUAAUGAUGUGUUUGGGGAUUGUAUUAGGAAUAAUUUGCGGUUGAAAGCUGGUAACGGUCACUCUGUGGCUUUUUGGAAUGAUGUUUGGUUGGGAGAAGUCCCCCUUAAAGAUUUGUUCCCUAGGCUGUAUGCUCUGUCGAUUAAUAAAAUGGGUAAAGUGGUGGAGUUUAGGGCGAAUAAUGUUACAGGCUGGGUGUGGGAUAUUCAAAUGAGAAGGAAUCUGGUGGACUGCGAGAUUGAGCAAUGGUUACACCUGAUUUCUAUGUUGAAUAACAUCUCAUUGUCUCAUGAGGAGGAGGAUUGUUGGAUUUGGUUUGGGAAUAGAGAGGGUUGCUUCUCUACUAAUUAUUGUAUUAAGAGUUUCCUUGAUUCGGUCAAUAUUGAGGGGAAUCAGGAUUUUUGGGAUAGAAAUAUUUGGGUGGGGAUAGCACCUCCCCGGAUUGAAACCUUCUUAUGGCAAGUUGUUCAUCAGAGAGUGGCGGUUAAAGAGGAAUUGUUGAAGCGUGGAGUGGUCGGGAUUGAAGAUCCCUUAUAUGGUUUCUUAAAGAUCAAUGUUGAUGGAGCAAUGGUGAAGGGAUGGACUAAAGGUGGUAUAGGAGGUUUGAUUAGGGAUAUUAGUGGUGUGUUGAUUCAUUGGUUUUCUGAAAAUGUUAGGGGUGGUCCUCUGAUUUUGGCAGAACUUUUGGCGAUAAAGAGGGGGCUGAGCUUGCUUAAUGAUUCAAGUUUGGUUCUUAAUCAAAGGAUUAUUUUAGAAUCGGAUUCAAGUGUCGCGAUGAAGUGGAUCAAUAAUCUGGAAUUAAGCAACCCUAUAUUUCAAUCCUUAGUCAAGGAGAUCGUCUCUUUAAAGGAAGGGAAGGAUAUUUUGUUAAGGCUUAUCUUGAGGGCUGCCAACUGGGAAGCGGAUAGAUUAGCUAAAGAUGGUAUAGGUUGA